AUGUUAGGCAAAGCCACUGAAGAAGCCAGGAACAAUUCCUCGGCUGAGGACAUUGAUGGCGAAAUAGUAACCAUCAUCCAAGGGCAUAAAAAUGAGGACAAAAAUGAUUUCUUUGCAAGAAGCGUUGUUGCAUUGGCGCAUAGUUUCUCAUCUUCUGACAUAAUCCUGGGGAAUAUCCUCGCGGAAGGUGUUAAUUGCUUAUCCAUCAAGCCCAUGGGAGGAAUGCUUCACCUAUUAACUUUCGACAGCAUGGAAGACAGAGAAGAAAUGCUAAAAAGCCAAUGGCUUGACAGAUGGUUUAUGGAAAUUCGAAGUGUUAAUGACUCAAUCUCAAGUGCAUGGAGAGAAACAUGGCUUGUGGUAUAUGGAGUUCCCAUCACUGCAUGGAACUAUGAAAAUUUCUUCCACAUUGGAAGUAUCUAUGGCAAAGUCAAAUCUGUCAAUUAUGGGAACUAUGACUGUGCCCAAGUCUUAGUGGUUACAGAUUGUCUAUUCAAAAUCAAUUGUCAAAUCCUAAUGGAAAUUGAUGGAAAGCGACACGAGAUCUUCACGUCAGAAAAUUCCACCUCUUACCCAAUGGCCUGCCCAAGGAGACACCCUCCAGACCCAAAGGAGACCAUUUCUGAUAGCACUGAGGAAUUCUUAGGCGGAAAUUUUGAUGACGUCAGACAAGACUGGAAGAUGAGCCCUUCAGUUGGUAAUUCAGGUGGCCUACUCACUAUGUGGGACAGGAAUUUUUUCCUUUUGGAAUCCUCUCAAAAUGAUCGUAAUUGGGUUGCGCUCAAAGGGUCGAUACUCCCAAAUAACUUCAAAUGCUCACUGAUAAACAUUUAUAACCCCUGCUGCCCUGACCUGCGGCGAGGAGUAUGGAAUGAAAUCACCACAUUCUGCCAAAAUCACAACCUUCCAACUUUCAUCAUGGGGGACGUUAAUGAGGUGCUAGACCUAUCGGAAAGGGGUAGUAAUCUGGGCUCCCAAGCUACAAUCGAUGAUUUCAAAAACUUCAUCCAAUUGAAUGACCUUAUGGACAUUCCUCCAGAUAAUGGAAAGUACUCGUGGUUUAGUGGUAACUCUCGGAGUAAAUUAGAUAGACUAUUGAUAAACCCUGAGUGGAUCACCCUCUUCCCAAAGCUGAAAACCAAAUUCCUCAAUCGGUCAAUAUCCGAUCAUCGUCCUAUAUUAGCCUUAUCCUCUGAAACAAAUGAUGGCCCAAAACCCUACCGCUUCAUCAACAGUUGGAUCACCCACCCAAACUACAAGAAAACCUUAACCCAAGCAUGGACCUCAGCCCGACCCCUACCACUCCCUGAUAAACUCAAAAGCAUAAAAGCCACUCUGAAAAAAUGGAAUAAAGACGAGUUUGGAAACAUCGAUGAGAACAUCUCCAUGCUGGAAAACAAAAUCCAGGAGCUUGAUAAUUGGGCCUCCAAUCGACCUUUAGAGGAGUCGGAAGUUGGGGAAAGGAAACAAGCCCAAGCGGAGCUAUGGACUUGGCUAAAAAGAAAAGAGAUACUAUGGGCCCAAAAAUCCCGAGCAUUAUGGCUAAAAUCCGGGGACAAAAACACUCGUUUCUUCCACAUCACAGCCUCGAACCGUAGAAGGAAAAACACAAUAUCCACUUUGCUUGUCAAUGGCAAAAGAAUCGACAACCCAAACUCAAUAAAAAAAGAAGCCACAAAAUUCUUCAAAUCCCUCUUCCACGAGCCUCACCCAAAAAGACCCCUCUUCUCCAACCUAGAUUUCAAACAGUUAAACCACACUCAAAUCACAGCCCUCAUCGAACCUUUUGAUCACCAUGAGAUCGAUACUGCCGUCUCCUCUUGCGCAUCGGACAAGGCCCCGGGACCGGAUGGUUUCAACUUCAGAUUUAUUAAAGAUGCAUGGGACACUAUAAAAAAUGAUAUAUACCAUAUGGUGGAAGAUUUCUGGGUCACGGGAUCUCUUCCACGAGCAUGUAAUAAUGCUUUCAUAGCAUUAAUCCCAAAAAUUGGUACCCCACAAGAACUAAAAGACUUCCGACCUAUCUCAAUGGUUGGAUGCCUUUAUAAAAUCAUUGCAAAGUUGCUUGCCCGACGAAUUCAAUCAGUCAUGGAUUCUAUAAUCAGCCCGGCUCAAUCCUCCUUUGUCAAGGGGAGGCAAAUCCUCGAUGGUGCACUGAUUGCAGCCGAAAUAAUUGACUCUUGCAAACGUGAUCAUAGGAAGGCUGCCAUCCUAAAGCUAGAUUUCCACAAGGCAUUUGACUCGGUGUCUUGGAGUUUUCUCGAAUGGGCUUUAUCUCAGAUGAACUUUCCGCCCAAGUGGAUCUCAUGGAUCAAAACCUGUAUUUCCUCAGCCUCUGCCUCAGUAUUAAUAAACGGUUCUCCUUCAAAACCUUUCCAGUUUAAGCGGGGUUUGCGUCAAGGGGAUCCUCUCUCCCCCUUUUUGUUUGAUAUAGCUGUUGAGUGUCUGCAUCUAGUCAUCACCAAAGCAGUGUUCCUCAAUCUCUGGACAGGUCUCGAAGUAUGCAAAAACGGGCCAUCAAUAUCACAUCUACAAUACGCAGACGACAUUGUUAUCUUUUGCACUCAGAAUUUGGAUUAUCUUCUCAACAUCAAAAAAGUUCUUAUCUUGUUCCAACUAGCAUCGGGCCUGCAGGUAAACUUUCAUAAAAGUCAGAUUAUUGGUAUUAACACUUCUCCCUCUUGGUUAAAACUUGCAGCAGAUUCCUUGCUUUGUAAGACGGGGACGCUACCUUUCACCUAUCUGGGUCUACCAAUUGGUGGCCCACCAUCCAGAUUAUCGCUCUGGGAUCCGGUUAUUAAAAGAAUGGAGCAGAAACUUUCAUCAUGGAAAGGCAGGUUACUGUCGAUUGGAGGGAGGUUGACCCUAAUAAAAGCUUCUCUCUCAAACCUCCCUCUAUUUUAUAUGAGCCUCUUCCCAAUUCCAGCAGGGAUAAUGAAGAAAAUAAUCAAGAUUCAAAGAACUUUCCUGUGGAGCGGAAAUUCGGAAAAAAGGUCUCUCCCCCUAGCUGCCUGGUCGGUCUUAGAACUUCCUAAGAAAUAUGGAGGUCUAGCCAUUGGAAAUCUCCUCAAUCGUAAUCUAGCGCUGUUGUUUAAAUGGGUAUGGCGGUUCUUCACUGAACCAAUGGCUUUAUGGCGAGGGGUGAUCGAAUCAAAAUACAAUCUCUCGCGAACCUUUUGUGUCACAGACCUUCAGUCGAGGCAAAAGGGGGGUCCGUGGGCUAGCAUCUGCUCUUCAAUACUCAAUAAUUCAUCCGCGAAAGAUCUAGCUCUAAGGGGUAUUCGAAAGAAAGUGGGUAAUGGACUCAACACCUUGUUUUGGCAGGAGAAAUGGAUAGGUACCGCUCCUUUAAAACUGCAAUUUCCAAGACUAUACUCCAUAUCUCAAAACCAGUACCACUCGAUUGCUGCUAUGGGUUUUUGGGACGGCCUCUCUUGGCAAUGGAACUUCACUUGGCGCAGACCUCUUAGAAUCCGAGAUCAAAUAGAGCGGGAAUCACUUCAAAAACAACUUAAUGAGGUUUGCCUAUCCCGAAGUAUAAAAGAUGAGCUGAUCUGGGAGCCGCAUAUCAGGGGAGAAUUCUCAGUCAAGUCCUUUUCUAUGGAACUAAUAAAAGCUCAACCUUCAAUUCGCACUGAUGCAAUUUGUGGUGUAUGGAAGGGAUUGGUGCCCCACCGCAUUGAAAUCUUCUCUUGGUUGGCGUGUCUGGGAAAAAUAAACACUAAAGCUAAACUCGCGAAACUCCAAAUCAUCUCUCCAGAGGAAAAUGUGUGUCUUUUUUGUUCGAGCAGCCCGGAAACAGUCGAUCACCUUCUUCUACAUUGCCCGCUAUCAUGGGAGGUUUGGUGUUGGUGGUGCAAUCUCUGGGACUUCAAUUGGAUUGCCCCUUCCUCACUCAUGGAUAACCUUUCUCAAUGGCAAAGACCAAACCUCAAGGCUCAUUUCAAAAAAGUAUGGUGGGCAGCUUUCUUUGUGAUUAUAUGGACACUUUGGAAAGAGAGAAAUGAAAGAAUAUUCAAUAACACUUCUUCCUCUAAGAAGGCUCUAUGCGAUUUAAUACUUCUCCGACUUGGAUGGUGGAUCUCAGCUUGGGGUUCUUUGUUUCCUUACUCCGUUAAUGAAAUCACUCGAAAUCCUUCCUGUCUAGCAUGGUCCGAAAUCUGCCCCUCAAAAACUCAUCAUGGCCCUUCCUUACCAAAUUCAAGCUGGAGUGCCCCUCCCCCGAAUUAUCUAAAAUGGAACGUGGACGCCUCUCUUACCUCAACUUCUCACUGUUCAGCUAUUGGAGGAGUUCUCCGGGAUAGCCUUGGAAAAUUCAUAUGUAUGUUCUCGGCUCCGACUCCGCUUAUGGAGAUCAACAGCGCAGAAGUUCAUGCCAUCUUCAGAGCAAUCCAGAUCUCAGCAGCAAAUGACCUUACGCGCCACAGUAACAUCAUCAUCGAAUCGGAUUCUCAAAAUGCAGUCAAAUGGUGUAAUUCGUCAGGAACUGGACCAUGGAAUCUCAAUUUCAAGAUCAACUUCAUCAGAAACGCAAUGUCAUCAUGGGAAUCUCUUUCCAUAAUUCAUCAAGUGAGAAGUUCAAAUCAUGUAGCAGACUCCUUAGCUAAACAAGGACUUCAUAGAAAAUCUGAAUUCCUUGCAUGGUUGUAA